AGUCACGCGCAAACAUGGCGCUGCACUGUAGUAGAACAUGCCGACAAUAUUUAUUACAUUUAGCCCACGAUCAUAUUGAUUUUAGACUACCGGAGAUCAAGGCGUUGCUGUCAAUUCAAGGAAAGCCGUUUGAGCCAUCAGCGAAUUUUAAAGAAACGUCUCCCUUCUUGCGACUAAAUGGCUUGUCUGAGGACAACAUACGAAAUAUCAUGGGGAGAACAGUGUGUGCCAAGUCUGCCUUUGAAUUGUGGGGUCAUGGAGAAACGACAGAUGAACUCAAAUCAUCUCUUCAAAAAUAUCCAUCAGAAAGUAUGUUGCCAUUUCUUCAAGAGGAAUCGUCAUACAAAAUUAAUGUUUACACCUUCAACAAGACAUUGAUCUUCAAGGACAGAAUAAAGAAAAUUGAUGCUUUGGAUUUCCUGCCUUUCAAAGGCAAAGUAAACCUGAAAGAUCCUGAUCACAUCUUCUGUCUACUGGAGGACUAUGGCACAGAUCCCAACAACAUCCCCGAUGAACCUUUGUACAGGUACUUUGGCAGAUGGAUUGCAGACGGCCAGAGAGACUUAAUCCGCUCGCACAGUGUGAAGAACAGACACUUCAUUGGCAACACCAGUAUGGACGCAGGACUGUCUUUCAUCAUGACCAACCAUGCCAGAGUCAAACAGCAUGACCUGGUCUACGAUCCCUUCGUCGGAACAGGAAGUCUGUUGGUAGCAUGUUCACAGUUUGGAGCCUACGUGUGUGGGACUGACAUUGAUUACAACACCAUUCACGGGGCAGGAAAGUCCAGCCGGACGAAUCAGAAGUGGAGAGGACCAGACGAAAACAUCCGGGCCAACCUGCGGCAGUACGGGACAGAGAGGCAGUAUGUGGACGUCAUGGUGUCAGACGCCGCCAAGCCCAUCUGGAGGAGGCAGCCCCUGUUCGAUGCCAUCAUCACAGACCCUCCCUAUGGGAUCCGGGAAUCCACAAGGAGAACAGGCUCCCAUAAGGAUAUAAUUAAGCCCCCAGAAGACUUCUGUGGAGAGAGCCAUGUGCCGGUGUCUAUGGAGUACCGGCUGAGUGACAUCUUCUCUGACCUGCUGAACUUCGCGGCGCAUCAUUUAGUAAUGGGAGGACGGCUGGUGUACUGGCUGCCCAUAUACAGACCAGAGUACUGUGUGGAGAUGGUCCCCAUGCACCCCUGCCUCAGCCUCGUCAGCAACUGUGAGCAGGUCCUCUCCACACACACCUCCCGACGACUCAUCACCAUGGAGAAGACAAAAGAACCAGAGGAAGAGGACGCCUUGGCCCGGCUGACAGACCCCCGCUACGGCCCGUAUCAGGGCCUGGACUCCUUCAGGGAGAAGUACUUCAGCGGCGUCACCAAGAGGACGGGCCCAGAGGAGGCCCGGACGCCGCCUGACGGAAGGGAGUGAGGACUUUGACAAAAGAAAGCAGGGCUCUAAAUUAAAAAAAAUUAUCACUAGCCAAAAUGGCUAGUAGAUGCAAAUCUUACUAGCCAAACACACACUCACUAAUGGCUAGUAAAUCGGUCUUUUCUACAAGUUUCACCAGUAUUUGGCUGGUUGGCUGGUGUUAAUCUAGAGCCCUGCUAGACAGGCAAAGUGCAGUAACUACCCCAACAUUGGAACUGAGAAAAGGCUUUCAAAGUACAAGUAUUAGGUUAGAUAUUGCCGUUACUGCAAAUUUGACAUGCAGAUCCGACAGAGCAAUAUCUCUACAACUGGACACGUCUGGACCAUAAGUCUUUGUCACAAGAUAAAGGAGAUGUAGAGAAGACCAUUUUCAGUCUAAAGUCAACUUUGACAAAAUAUGUAGUUACUGCACUUUGCCUUUGUAGGGCAGAAUAGUGAUCAGGCCUGCUGACAGGGUCAUGCAAAUGGGUCAGUCGUCCAGGGCCCGUAAUUGGGAACCCAUUACACGAGAUGUGGGGCUCUUUCAGAUGAUUUUUGUCUCGUGCACAGCCAAAGCUGUCAGCGGCCCUGAUGGUGAUGCUGGCUGGUGGUCGUGAAGUCAGCGACAUUGUGGCUUAAUGUUUCAUUUUUUCCAAGAUUAUGUCACCAAGAGACUAGCAGCAAGGACCUAAGGGCAACUGUAUACUGUAUGUUUGCAGAUGUAGCCAACGUUUCCCAAAUAUAUUCACCCUUUUUUAUAAACAUUAUGAUGCUUGAAAAUACUUAUUUCCAAUAAAAUUUAAACUGCUUA